GCGCUCAUCACCGCCGCCACUAAUCUCCCUCCGACCGCCGCCUGUCAUCACCGACUCCCCGCCACCACCGCCCGGCUCUCACGCACGCAUCUGAGGAUGAACCGUCGCUAGUAAAAGAGGGAGGCAGGACACCGGAGGGAGAUUUGACGUUGGCUUCGCCGAUUUACGCUCACGUUAACUCGGGAGUUGCGAUGGUCCAGUCACGGGAUGUUUUUUUAGCCUUGCUUCUCUGGGGCAGCACAGUGUCACUGGAAGUGCAGAUCACACCAAGUCACGGUGAGAUUAGCCUCGGAGAGUCCAAAUUCUUCAUGUGUGAGGUUGUAGGCGUUGCCAAGCACAUAGACUGGUUUGGACCGAGCGGGGAUAGGAUAGAACCGAACAGACCAGACAUAACGGUAACCCGUAACGAUGAGUCAUCCUCCACCCUCACACUGUAUAAAGCUGGGAUUGAGAAUGCAGGGACAUACAAGUGUGUCGCUACCAAUGGAGACCAGCAAGGGGAGUCAACCAUUACAGUGAAAAUCUUUCAAAAAAUCACCUUCACGAAUGUUCCCUCACCCCAAGAGUUUACUGAAGGAGACAAUGCCAACAUCAUUUGUGACGUCGUCAGUUCCCCUUCUCCCACUGUCAUCUGGAGAUAUAAAGGAUCAAGAAUGCAGAUGGAGAAAGAUGUCAGGGAAGUAUCUAGGAGUGAGGUGGUUCUCGACGCAGGAGAGAAGUACAGCUUUAAUGAAGAUGGCUCUGAAAUUACAAUAAUGGAUGUUACCAAGCUGGAUGAAGGCGACUACACAUGCAUUGCCAAGAAUAAGGCUGGGGAAAGUGAGCAGGAACUCAGUCUCAGAGUGUUUGUUAAACCUAGGAUCACAUUCAUCGGGAACCAGAGCACGUCAGAGAUGGAGGAGCAGGUAACUUUGACUUGUGAGGCUUCAGGUGAUCCAACUCCCACCAUCAACUGGAGCUCUGGCGACCACGUCUUCACCGAAGGAGAACAGGCACAUCUAAACAGGAUCUAUCAGGCAUCAUGGACUCGGCCUGAGCAGCACAAGAGUCUGGAUGGGAAUGUGGUGGUGAGGAGUGAUGCUCGUGUGUCCUCCCUCACUCUGAAGUACGUCAAGUAUACAGAUGCUGGCCCGUACCUCUGCACAGCACGCAGUGCCAUUGGAGAGGAUAGUCAGUCAGCAUACCUAGAGGUCCGCUAUGCCCCUAAAAUACAUGGGGAAGUGGCACUGUAUACCUGGGAGGGAAAUGCAGUGAAUAUCAGCUGUGAGGUCAAAGCUCAUCCCAGUGAUGCAUCUAUUGUUUGGCUGAGAGACAGACUGCAGUUGCCCAACUCAAACACCACCAACAUUAAGAUCUUCAGGACUCCGUCAGUCAGCUUCCUGCAGAUAACCCCAGAGUCUGAAAAUGAUUUUGGGAGCUAUAACUGCUCCGCCUCUAAUGAGAUGGGCACAGAGUCCAAGGAGUUCCUGCUCAUUCAGGCCGAGGUGCCCUCAGCUCCGUUCAUCAGUGAGGUGAGACCCUUCUCCACCACAGCACAGAUCCAGUUUGCGGAGCCCGAUUCCACUGGGGGUGUUCCUGUCCUGAAAUACAAAGCGGAAUGGAGGACACAGGGCAGGGGCAGCUGGGCUCAGAGUGUCAUCGUGGUUGAAGAUGGCUCCAUCAGUGAGGCGACAAUCACAGGCCUGAAACCAGAGACCAACUACGAAAUGAAGUUGUCUGCCAUCAAUGGAAAGGGUGAAGGUGAAGGCAGCCCAGCAGAGUUCUUCAAGACAGAGCCUGUCCACGGCACUUUUCGUUUUUUCACUGAAGACGCAGAAGGGAAUCCCAACCCUCCUAAGCUUGAAGGGGCUCUUCAACCUAAAGGUAACUCGCUCAGAGUCACCUGGAUCAAGCAAGACGACGGCGGCUCACCCAUCUUACAUUAUCUCAUCCGCUAUAAACCAAUACAAGCGUCAGAGUGGAAACCAGAAAUCCGACUACCCAGCGGCAGCGAGUACGUGGUUCUCAGCAGCCUGGAGUGGGACACAGAGUACAAUGUGUAUGUGGUGGCAGAGAAUAAGAAGGGCAAGUCUCAGCCAGCAACCAUGUCCUUCAGGACAUCCCCACAGCCAGAAGCCAUCCCAGAUUUGGGUGAGGAGGCAGCGCUCUCCAUGGGCAUCAUGAUCUGGGCAGGGAUCCUUGUUGUGGUGUUUGUGCUGCUGCUGCUGGCGGUGGAUGUCACCUGUUACUUUGUCAACAAAUGUGGCCUCAUCAUGUGCCUCUGCGGCAAAUCUGGCACCGGAACCAAAGGACACAACCUGGAGGAGGGCAAGGCAGCGUUCGUGAAAGAUGAGUCCAAAGAGCCGAUAGUGGAAGUCAGAACGGAGGACGAGUGCACAGCCAAUCAUAACGCAGCAGGACCCACAGAACCCAAUGAAACCACACCUCUCACAGAGCCAGAGCUGGCGGCUUUCACUGCUGCUCUGGCACUGGAAACCCUCUCGUCUGUAGCCACCAACUCUGACACAGCCACUGCAACAAUUGACCCUGCUCAGGACAGCCCCUCUAGCGAGACCACUACCCUCACUUGUAGCCUGUCUACCCCGGCCAACGACCCCUCACCUACCCCCAUCAGGGCCCCGGCCCCGACUCCAGAGUCGAAUGCGACCCCGCUGGCCCCUGUCCUCUUCACGGCUGCCGUUGAGGCUAAAAUGGCCCCGUUAGUAGAACAAAGAGGAAGUAACGCCCCGGAAGAGCAGGAGAACAUAACCACCCCUCCUUGUACCCCUGAAGCGCCUAAACCUCAAAAAUCUGGGACACCAAUACCACCGAAACGUAGACACUCUCCCAAACUUGCUGCACUGAAUGCUAAAGGUACCCCCUCUGUAUCUCCACUCGCUACGUCCUCCCCGUCAUCCUCUCCCACUCCUGACACCAAGAAACAGGCUCCGAGGCCACCAGUUACCAAGCCUCUGACAAAACAAGACCCUGUAGCCUUAGAAACUGAGACACCAGCACAAACUGCCUCUGCUCAAGCAAACACUGCCCCUCCAAAACCAGACGCCGAGUCAAACGCCACUGCUCCAGAUUUCAGUAGGCGUAGCCUUACUGCCUCCGACACCAACAACCCCUCUGACCAAACUGUUGACAGCAACAUACCCACUGCCAAAGAUGCUGCUACCAGCUCUCCCUCAGUGAUCCACACUGCUCUUAAUGCUGAAGAAUCUGCUCCUUUAGUUGCAGAAGUCCCCUCUCCUCUUCCCAUCACUACCAUUCCUACUCCUGCCCCACCUAGUCCACAGGUGCCGGUCUCGAAUGAUCUCUACACAGCGCAAUCAGACAUGUACGACUUACUAACCCCCGACGUGGGGCCCAGAAGUGCAGAUUUAGACUUAGAGCUGACAAAUGGGACAGAGAGACGCUCCCUGCCCCCCGCAGACCUUAUUAGCUUAGAGAGCCCGCCCUCUGCCCCCUCUCUGCCCAAUGGAGACGGCGCAGACCUCCCCCCCUCAGGCCCAGUUCUGGACGCAUCAGAGACUCUGGCCAAGACUGCUCCUGUCAACGAUGAGAAGCAUUUUCCCGACGAGAAAGUCAAACUGGAGGAGGCAGGAUUAUCAAACGCCCUGACGGAGAUCGCUGCAGAACACAACAGUGUCAUGCAGACAAAAACCACCGGGGGCAAAGCAUGAUGGGCCGGGGGAAAACCCCAGCCUGAAUCCAAAACAUUUUGUGCAGCAACGAGCAAGAAACACUGCAGGAGUUUUGAUUUCCAGUGCCCUUAACUACAUAUUCAAAACACACAUGUUGAUCGGUUAGAGUGCACUUUGACUGUGCUUUUAUUUCUGAAAUGUUUACGACACCGGAGGAGUUUAUCUUUAGUUCAUAAGAGAUUUAUUUUAUUUUUUUAUUCUUAUUCUAUUUAACCAGUCAGGAUUGAAGGAUGAACAAUCUGUUAUUUUAACGAUUGCCUGGUAAAUAUAUGAAAUUAGACUCUACUUUCUAUUGUGCUUAGUUUAAAUUGUCAUUACACACACGCAUCUGAUAAUAAUUGAGAAAUGUAAAAAAAAAAAAACAAAAUAUAGAAAUUAUUUUUCUUAUUUUAAUGUUCUACUGCUCAAAUGUAAAACUGUUGCAUUUUAUUUUUGUUGGAUUUUUAAUUUGAGGGCUAGUCUCAUGAAAUAGCUUGUUCUGCAUGUCUGACCUGCAAGUGGUUGUAAAAGUUUUUGUUUACAAGGUUUAUUGUUUCACUCUGUGUGAUACAGGAUGUUUCAUCUCUCACAGAAACACUGGCAUCAAUCAAACAUAGGCCCGAGUUCAACGUUUGGAUUAAAACCAUAUUAGCUACGGUGAUAAAAAUACAAGAUUAACCCAGAGCCGGCUGCAGGGGGAAAAUAAUCCCACAACACGUUGACGGUUUGGCCCAUUUUAUGAUCAAAUGUAUUCAGUCUGUCACUGCCUUCCCACAGUGUUGCUUCAAAAUAUUCAUUAAUAAAACGUAUCUGAUUAAAUAAGGCAGCUGAGUGAACGCAAACAUUCACAGAAAAACAAACAGAACGUGCUGGUUCUCAGUCGAGGGUUGAGGAGCCCUGAACCGAGCGAAUGUCUUAUGAUCUCGAGCUAAAUAUAAGCAACGUUAUUGGUUUUGGGAGGGAAACAACUUCGACAGCGAUCACUUCCUCCUCACAUUAAAACACAACUGGAUUUGUGCGUCGACUCGUGCUUUAGAAGCAAAAAAAUCAAAUAAGGACUCAAAAGCACUUUUGUACUAUUUAAAAACGACAGAUAUCUUUUUUCCAUUCCUGCCUGCAAGCUUGUGCACUGUGCCUGUGUGUCAGUAGAGCGUCUUGUCAUCAGUUUCUAUGAUAACCUGUAUAGCUUCGUCGUGAGAGAUUUAGCCUUUUCUUUUGAUUUGAUAUAUUGUAUUAUUAGAAGAAAAAGUACGAUAAAUGGACUAAUGUGGUCAUUAUAACACGUGUAGUGUAUGAAACUGUCCGUCUCUGGUCACAGCACUUCUAUAUAUUGCCAGCUAUAGUGAAGGGAGGUGUUUUUGAGCCUUGGCAUGAAUUCAGUCAGUACUUUAUAACAUAUAACUACAAGGCAGAUAGACGUGCCCGUGUUUGUUUGGGGCAAAUAGUUCUCAUAUUGAUUUAAUGAGUGUUACCCUGUGGGGCUUGUUCUGGCAUAAAUACAGUUUUUUUUAUUUCCCUCCCCAGUUGUUAUUCAAGUGUUCCGUAAUGUGGUCUUUGAAUUUCUCUCUUAUUUUUUUUUUGUUUUUG